UGCAGAGAGACGGCAUUUGUAUACGCGAUCACGAGUGCGGCGGUGGCACAUGCCAUAGCCCGGGCCUGUAGUGAAGGUUUGAUCGAGACGUGUACGUGUGACUACAGAAACAACCGGCGCCCCAAUGGUCUGGACUGGGAGUGGGGCGGGUGUUCCGAUAACAUAGAGUUCGGCUAUAAGUUCGCGCGGGCUUUCGUCGACGCGGCCGAGAGGGGCCGAGACCUCCGAUUCAUUAUGAAUCUCCAUAACAACGAAGCCGGCCGUCUGGUGAGUCUGUCCUACCUGUAUAUCUACCUGUACCAAUAUCCACAAUCACUACCUCUAUAUCUGUUUGUUAUAAAUCAUGUGUCCAAUGAAAUGAGACGGGAGUGCAAAUGUCAUGGGAUGAGUGGCUCCACUGUCAGGACGUGUUGGAUGCGUUUACCCGCCUUCAGAGACAUCGGAAACAAUCUGAAGGACAGGUUCGACGGCGCGUCCCGAGUGCUCGUCAGUAACGACUACCGCGGACUCACCCGAAAAAAGUAUAAAAAAGUUCAGCUCAAGCCCUAUGAGACCGGCUACAAAAGCCCGACGCGAAAGGAUUUGAUUUAUUUUGAAGAAUCGCCUGAUUUUUGUGUCGCGAACCAAAAGUUUGGUGUUUUGGGCACAAAAGGAAGGGUUUGUAACGACACGUCAAUUGGUGUGGAAGGAUGUGAUCUGUUAUGCUGUGGUCGCGGAUAUAAAACUGAGAUCAGAGAGGAGUUGGAGCGCUGUAACUGCACUUUCCACUGGUGCUGUCAGGUGAAGUGCAACAUAUGUAAGGCUAGGAAAACAGUUCACACGGCAAUGGGAAAGCAGCUAAUAGUGGAUCCAAAUCGGAUCUGUGAUAAAGUGAAGCGUCUUCGUGGCAAACAAGCCAUCCUUUGCAGGAAUGAGCCCGACUUCAUCCGUAAGAUCAUAUCGGGCGCCAAACUUGGCAUCAAUGAGUGUCAGAAUCAGUUCAGAGAUCGCAAGUGGAACUGUACCACUGCCUCACCCGCUAUCCGCAAAAUAUUGCUAAGAGACUCACGAGAAACAGCAUUCGUUCACGCAAUCACUUCGGCGGCCAUUCUCUAUGAAAUCACAAAAGGAUCAAUAUUGUGCUCGAAAAGUGAUUUCGAUUGGAGGGGGUGUACAGAGAAUAUCAACUUUGGCUACAAAAAAGCCAAAGAAUUCAUGAACGGAGGCUUCCGAAGAAGGAAUGACAUCAAGAAAUUAGUUCUUCUCCACAACUAUGAAGCCGGAAGACUAGCCGUGAAGAAUAAUAUGCGAAAUGAGUGCAAAUGUCACGGAAUGAGUGGUUCGUGUAGUUUCAAGACUUGUUGGAGAAAAUUACCACUUUUUAGAGACGUCGGGAAUCGACUCAAAGAGAAGUUCGACGGCGCUAUCAAAGUGAUGGCCGGCAACGAUGGCAAGGGAUUCAUCACAGAGGGGACCACUAUUAAGCCGCCCGAAAAGGAGGACAUCGUCUACUCGGAGGAAACUCCAGACUUUUGCGAACCCAAUCCACUGACCGGUUCGUUGGGAACGAAGGGACGCGUCUGUAAUAAGAGUAUCGGAACGGAUGGCUGUGAUCUGCUUUGCUGUGGUCGCGGAUAUAAGACUAUCAUCAAAGCCGAAGAAGUGAACUGUCGGUGCAAAUUCAUGUGGUGCUGUUCAGUGACGUGCGAUAAAUGCAAAGUCAAACGCAAAAUUCAUAGUUGUUUA